ACCAUAAAUAUUAUGUAAAUAGCCUUAAAAUAAAAUAAAAGGAAAAAUAAAUAGUAAUAAUAAUAAUUAUUUUCCAUUAAAACACUAAAACUCGCUGUGCCACUGAUUGAUUCAGCUCAAUUUGAAAAACGGUUGGAUUACGUUCUCGCACAUGAUCGCCGUCAAUCCUCCUCCGCCGCCACUCAAAUUCUCAGUUCACCGACCCGAUUGCAACCCCAACCCGACCCGGUUACAUCACCACCGCAACAACCACCACCACCAUCGCUAUCGCCGCUUUGACUGUUGCUUCGCCUUGAGCUCGCUGAGGCGAUCGGGGAACCUCAUGUUCCCCGGUAAUUGGUCAUGGCCGCCGGAUUUCAUCUACGGAAGGCGUGGUGGCUCGUCGUACAACCGAAUCGAAGAUGAGUUGAGAGCCGAAGCUAGUAGCAGCGUCGGCGGUGGUGAGGAUGUUUAUAAUGAUAGGGCUAAACCUGAGCAUCUUGUUAUUAUGGUCAAUGGAAUUAAUGGAAGUGAUGCAGAUUGGAGAUAUGCUGCAGGCCAAUUUGUCGAGAGGCUUCCUGAUAAAGUAUUUGUACACUGCAGUGCAUGUAACUAUGCAAAAUUAACAUUUGAUGGUGUUGACACUAUGGGUGAGAGGCUUGCUGAAGAGGUGUUGUCUGUUGUUUCUGAAAAUCCUAGGAUGCGGAAAAUUUCCUUUGUAGCUCAUUCUUUAGGGGGCCUUGUAGCAAGGUAUGCUAUCGGAAGUCUGUAUAAAUCUGUUCCAAAAUCAGAGCCUUCAUGUAUAAAUGGAAAUCACUUAAAUGAAGAAAACACAAACACUUUAAUGCCUAGCCUUGGCCAAUGCCAAGGUAAAAUUGCUGGGUUGGAGCCCAUGAACUUUGUAACCGUUGCAACUCCACAUCUUGGUUCAAUAGGACACAAACAGCUACCCUUUCUUUGUGGUCUUUCUUUUCUUGAGAAAAGUGCUCCACAAACUGCACACUUGAUUGUUGGGAGGUCAGGGAAGCAUCUCUUCCUUACGGAUAAUGAUGAUAAAAAGCCCCUUCUACUAAGAAUGGUUAAUGACUGCGAUGACCUAAAGUUCAUAUCAGCAUUACGUGUAUUCAAACGUCGUGUGGCAUAUGCAAAUGCAAAUUAUGAUCACAUGGUUGGUUGGAGAACAUCAUCCAUAAGGCGUCAAAGUGAACUUCCAAAGUCAGAUCAACUUGUUGUGUCUGAUAUAACAUAUCCACAUAUUGUACGUAUUGAGCGAGAGAGCUCUCACUAUGAGCAUAAUGGAGUGCCUUCAGAAGAGAUGCUUGGUUGGGAAGAGGAGAUGAUCAGAGGUCUCACUCAAGUAUCUUGGGAGCGCGUAGAUGUUAGCUUCCAAAAGAGCAGACAAAGAUUCAUUGCUCACAAUACAAUCCAGGUGAAGAGGUAUUGGUUGAAUUCCGAUGGUGUUGACGUGGUUCGCCAUAUUAUAGAUAACUUCCUUCUAUAGUGUCGUUUAUAAGUUUUUUUGUCUUGUUUUUUUUAUCCGAUAGGUGGCUAAUGGCGGUUACAGCUGCCGCUUUUUCCCCCUCUAGGAAACCUUUUUUUCUUUACGUAUCUUGUAAUUUGUUAUCCAGUGAUGUAGUAUAUUAAACCUUAACAUAGAGACGUGAGAAUGUCUUGUAUUGCAACUUAUUGCUUAACACCUCUCAUGUGCAGAUUUUUGUUUGUAUUAGCUUUUCAGCCUGUAACUUUUUUGUUACUGAAGUAUCACACAACCCUUCAGCUGAA